AUGAAGGGAAGACAUACCGCAUCAUCACGACGCAAUGUCCUGGAGCAAAAGCUUAAAAAUGCAAAACUCGCUUGGGAGAACAAGUGCUUCAACGUCGACUCAUUCCAAGGCAACGAGCAAGCAUACAUCCUCAUCUCCAUCCAUCGUGCGGACAAACUUGGCUUCCUCGCCAACUUGCGACGAUUAAAUGUCAUGCUCUCGCGCUGCAAACGCGGCAUGGUCAUCUGCACAAGCCGGGCAUUCAUGGAGGGCAAGGCCAGAUCCUCGCUCGUGGGCCAACUCGCGAAGGAAUGGGAGGACGGACGGGUUUCCUGGCGGGACACGUUGCGGGGCAGGUUCUAA